AAAAAAAAAAAAAAAAAAAAAAAAAAAAAAAACAAAACAUAAAUAAAAGUAACUUUCAAAUAUUCACACAUAUACACAAAUAACCAUGGGUUCCCCAGUGGUCGAUUUACCAAAAAGUACACCACCUCGUCACCAAUCCAUUCCUGUAUUAUAUACCACAAGUCCUUUUAAUGGUACCAUAAAUACUGAAUACGACCCAAGACCUGUCUCUAGAGGUUUUACAAUGCCGUCUCCCGGUUCUCCUGGGAAACGUGGUUACAAAAAACCCGCAAAACCAAGAGAAUUUGCUAAAAGUGCAAAGAAGAGACAAAGUGUACUUGCUUUGGGUUCUAUUACUCAUUUACAACAUUUUUACGCUAAACGUGGUAUAAUUAUAAAACCAAAAAAACCAAAGCAUUUAGAGGAAGCUGAAAAGAAAUUGAAGCUUAGUAUAAAUACGAAUGUUACUGAUUUAUUAGAAGUAACAGAGGAACCUGAUGAAGAUUUCCCUCCAACUCCACUUCCACCUUCACCACCACCACUUCCAGCAUAUCUCACUUCAAAAUUAGAUGUGGAAACGGAUCCUGAUGUAUUACUUGCUACAUGUCAUGCUGAUAUUCAAGCCAUGAUAGACGCUUGGUGUAUGGUAACCGGUGAAGUUAAAGCUGAAGCGAAUCCAGUAUCUGUUGAUAUAUUAGCAGCUAUUGAGACCACCACAAAAGCUGUACAGUCCGUUAAAAAUUAUUCAAUGUUUAAAGAAGAUUUAUCAGCUGAAUCAUUAUCAAGAAUCCGUGCUACUACUUUAGAAGUAUUAGAAAUGAUUAGUAAUUUAGAAGAAUCUCACAGAGAUGAAGAUGAUAGUAGUAGUGAAGAUGGUCAUUUAUAUAAAGAAUCAAAUUUUCAUUCUUUAGAUCGUCAACGUAAUAUUUUAACGAAAUAUUUAGAAGUGGUUGAGGAAUGUUUAUUAUUUGAUGAUACAGAUUUAUAUCCUCCAAAUACUUCUUAUUUAAGACCUUCAUCAGUAAGUUCAGAGGAAGAUUUGAAGCAAGGAGUCGCUGCCAUUACUCCUCCUUUAUCACCUGGUCAUCCAAAUAAUGAUUGGGUAAACCCUGAUGUAUUUGGUGAUGUUGUUAUAACCAGAUAUCAUGCUUUCUUGGAAGCUCAUCGUCCUUCAAAAUCAAAACAAUUACCUGAUUACACUCCUUUACCAGAUCCUAGUGUCGAUAAAACCGAAUUCUUGGCUUCAUUAGCAGACGGUAAAUUAUUAUGUAUUAUUUAUAAUACGAUAGUAAGACGAUCAAAACGACCAUUUGGAUUCAUUGAUAAAAUACAUGAGGAUACAUCAAGAACUUAUCGUGCUACUGAAAAUUUGAAAUUCUUUGCAGCAGCCGCCAAAUUUAGAUUUGAAAUCAAAUUUGACGAAUUUAAUCCAACAGAGAUUGUCAAAUUAACAAAUAUUGGAAGAGCUCAACUUGAGCGAAUUCUUGAAAUAUUUUGUGAAAAAGCCAUGGAAGAACUUAUAUCAACAGGCUCUUAUAAACAAUAUCCUAUGUCAAGAGUAGCAAGUAUGUAUAUGCAGGAUGUUUUUUCAAAUUCACAAAUGCAAUUACUUCAACAAGCGACAAGGAAUUCAGCCAAUGGAAAUGGAAAUCUUGACUUGGCAGCAGCUGUAUCAGCUAAAUUAAACAUCAGCACACCAAAUUCAAAUUCGGCUUCAACAUCAACAAGUACAUCAAGAAAGAAUAGUCAGGAUAGUUCAUAGUUAAAUUUCUCGGGUUUUCUCAGGGUAAAAUAAUGUUUUUUUUUUAUAAAAAUUUUUGGGUAUGAAAUUGGACAUUUUAUUGUAAUAAAAAAAAUUAAUAUAGAGAAUGAAAAAUUUAGUUGUAUAAGUGAUUAUUAUUAGUCUUUUAAUUUAAUUAAUUAUCUUAUAUAUAUAUAUAUAUUAUUAUUA